AUGAGGGCCCAUUUCCCCCUUAUAGCAGCCCGUUUCCCCCUCAUAGCAUCCCGUUCCCCCUCCAUCCCGUUUCCCCCUGCCGGCACUCCGUUUCCCCCUCAUAGCACUCCGUUUCCCCCUCAUAGCACUCCGUUUACCCCUCAUAGCACUCCGUUUCCCCCUCAUAGCACUCCCACUCCGUUUCCCCCUCAUAGCACUCCGUUUCCCCCUCAUAGCUCUCCGUUUCCCCCUCAUAGCACUCCGUCUUCUUUCCCCCCACUAUCUGGCCUCGUUUCCCUUCACUGCCUGCCUUUCAUUCCCCCCACUGCAGGUCUUCUUUCCCCCCACUAUGUGGCCUCGUUUCCCUUCACUGCCUGCCUCUCAUUCCCCCCACUGCAGGUCUUCUUUCCCCCCACUAUCUGGCCUCGUUUCCCUUCACUGCCUGCCUUUCAUUCCCCCCACUGCAGGUCUUCUUUCCCCCCAUUAUCUGGCCUCGUUUCCCUUCACUGCCUGCCUUUCAUUCCCCCCACUGCAGGUCUUCUUUCCCCCCACUAUCUGGCCUCGUUUCCCUUCACUGCCUGCCUUUCAUUCCCCCCACUGCAGUUCACUCACACCGACCCCACGGUUGUUUCCUGCCUUCCUUACCCCCCACAGUCUUACUUCCCCCCAUUGUCCUCCUUUCCUCCCAAUGCAUAUCCUCCUUUCCCCCCAAUGCCUCUUCUCCUUUCCCCCCAAUGCCUCUUCUCCUUUCCCCCCACUGCCUGCCUUCCUUUCCCCCCGCUGCAGCACUCUGUGUGGGAGGAUUUGAACGUGCGCUCCGGGAAGCCCUGCACCGCUACCAGCCAGUACACCUUCGUGCGCGCCAAACCCGACUAUAGCAGAUCAUCUGUUGGUCUUACAUUCACCUUACUUCAAAUCAUCAAUCCCCCCUCUGUCUAG